GUCAGAAAGUCGCGCCUGAUCUGUGUAAUUUGAUGUAUUAUUUUGCAGUGGUAGAUUUGUUUCUUCAUUAUAGACGCAUGAGACAAAUGAUCAAAGCUCCCUGCUUUCAGUGCGACCAGUUUUCUAAUAUUUUAUGAUGCUACCUUGAGUACUUUGUCGGUGGGAGAACUUUGUCAACUCUGGAAGAAGGUUAAAUGCUCUUAUAUGCUCCUACGUCCCACCAUAUAGAAUUGGAUGAUGCAGAAAUAAAGACGUGUUGCUGACUGGCUGUCAGCUCGGCUAAUUGUGCACGCGUUGACUGCUUACGGUCUUGAGAGGUUGUGGACCUUUUUAUAGCGGUUAUUAGAGGAACAGAAGAUACAGACAGUAGUUUGAAUUGGUUCGCCUAUAAUACUGAGAGCAAUGGACAGAUACUUCCAGUCCUCGUCCCUUCACCCAACCCCUUCUCACCUUGUGUGUAGCUGUGUUUUACUUCUGUGGUUUCAAUGUUGUUUAUGUGCUUAAAACAAAACCACCAAGCACUUUUGUGGACCUCCUGAAGACGCCCAGUCCAUUUCUGUCCCAGGACAGUGGAAAGAAAUGUUAUUUUGGAGCAUCCCUUAGCCGAGGCCCCUGCCAGGAGAUGGCAUUGAAUGGGCAGUUCUUGUCCUGGCGAGAUUACUGAGGAAGAGUUGGCGAACCGCCUUCAGCAAAUCAAAGAUGGCCCUGAGCAGCUGCACAAUGAUGGCGGCAGCGGCGGCGGCGUUGGUGGCAGCGGCGGCAGCAGCAGCACCGGCAGCAGCAGCACCAGCAGCACCAGCACCGGCGGCAGCAGCAGCAGCCCUGAAGGCAAUAGUGAACAGCCCCCAGUUCCAGUAUCGGAGGGAACAGAAGAAGCGUCCAAUGGCGACACUCUCCUCGACUGGCUCAACACUGUGCGUCAGACUGGCAACACCACAAGAAGUGGUCAUCGGGGCAACCAGUCGUGGCGGGCGGUGAGCCGAACCAAUCCAAGUAGUGGAGACUUCCGUUUCAGCUUGGAGAUCAAUGUCAAUCGCAACAUAGCCGAGCAGCAAACGCAGACUGACGCAGAGCGGCUGGAAGGAGACCAGGCCCCUCCAGACGGUCCUGUGUCUGAGCCUGAGGUGCCCAUGGAGACAGCAGAGGUGGUCGAGGAGCCUGUGGUGGAGGAAAUGGCUGUCAUGGUGGAGCCUGAGCUCCCUGUCCCUGACAGUCCAACUGUAACCAGCCAACCUAGUCCACCGGUUGAGAUUUUAACCCCUCCAAUUGUUACUCCAGUAGAGCCACGUAGAGGCCAGAUUAGAGCACGUAGCCCAAGUCCGGAACAGCGCAGAACCAGGGCCCGUACAGCUAGGAGUCGUUUACCUCUCAACCUUGACCAGUUGGACGGCCUUCCUCAGGCCCGCAGUGGCCUGCCUUCUCGCAGUCACGAGCCCAUUUUGGAAGCAGCUCCUCAGAUAGAGGGCAGUUCCAGGACUCGGCUGCAUGUUUUGUCUAGGCAGAGCAACGUCCAGGUGGAAAGCCAGGAGUCUGUAGCAGAUCCUGAGCCACCUCCAGCACCUCAGCAAGGGGAGGCUCCUGCUGGAGAAGCAGGAGCUUCAGGCCGGCGUCCUCCGACUAUAAUGCUGGACUUGCAGGUGCGUAGGGUGCGGCCAGGUGAGUACCGAGAGAGAGACAGCAUUGCCAACCGCACCCGCUCUCGUUCACAGACCUCCAACAACACUUUCUUGUAUGAAACCGAACGCGGGGGCUUUCGCAGGACCUUCUCCCGUUCCGAGCGGGCAGGAGUGAGGACAUACGUCAGCACGAUCCGCAUUCCCAUCAGGAGGAUCUCUGAUGCUGGUCUUGGUGAGGCCACCUCUUUGGCUCUGCAGUCAAUGAUCCGGCAGAUCAUGACUGGUUUUGCUGAACUUAGCUACUUUAUGGACUCCGAUUCGGACUCUUCAGACUCAAACCGCGGUUCCAACCCCUCUACAGAUCUCCCCGACACGCCGGGAAAUCCCGACACUGCCAGCGCUUCUUCUGUACCUGAUGCUCCCGUUGCUAGUGCCGGAGGCUCAAACGAGGGUGAUGCCACAGAAGCACGAACAGAGGAGACGGAGGGAAGUGCGGAACCCUCCCAGCAGAGAGAGAGCAGGCAGAGGCCGCGAGCUGCCAUUAGCCUCGAGGAGACCGCCUCUCUGCCCUUUCUGCGACUUGCACAUUUCUUCUUGCUCAAUGACGAAGAUGACGACCAGCCCAGGGGCCUCACCAAAGAGCAGAUCGACAACCUCGCAAUGCGCAACUUCGGCGAGAGCGAUGCGUUCAAGACCUGCAGCGUCUGCAUCACAGAGUAUGCGGAAGGUAACAAGCUCCGCAAGUUGCCCUGCUCUCACGAAUACCACGUGCACUGUAUCGACCGCUGGCUUUCGGAGAACUCUACUUGCCCCAUCUGCCGCAGGGCAGUCCUCGUUUCUGCCAACCGCGAGAGCGUCGUCUAGCUGUAGUGCAGGGUCUCCUAUCAUAUUUCAAUUAUUCUUUCGCCUUACAAUAGCAUUUGGUACUUUGUGAUGUGAGGUGUCUCAGACACGGUCAAACCCAACCUAUUUUAAGCCAUUGAAAGUUUUACCAGAUGUGCGGAGUACAUUUGUAGUGGCACAUACUUUGACGUGUUUAUACGAAAUACCCUUUUCUUUUGCUUGCUUUGAAAUAUUGACUCACAUGAUGAUGAAGAGUCCUUUGAAUAUUGUUCACCAAAAAGGUAACAGUUUCAAGAAUUGAGAACCAAUCAUUUGUACAUGAGCUCGGGUGCAAUGUGAUUACAUGAGUUUUGAUGGUUGAAGGAUCUAUUUAUAUACUUUUUUUUUUUUUUUUUCUUCCGGGAAUUAUCGCAAGUGUUGUUUGGGUCCGACUCAUGUCCACAAUGUUAGGUUCUCAAACAUUAACCAGCGUCAUUAUUACUUAAUUAUACAUAAAUGUAGAAAACUUUAAUGUUAUUUAAUGCUUUUUUUUAUAGGUUAGGUUUGGGUUUGGCUUAACAAGAACCUUUCCUUCCACUUCGGCCUGUGUUUCCUGACACAGAUUAGGCCUAGUCUAACGGACUAAAACACAGCUAAAAAGAAAUCUUUUUCUUUUACUUUUUUUUUUUUUUUUUCUUUUUUUUUUUUUGACUAAACUUGGCAUAAUCUGUCUGGUAAAAAAAAAAAAAGAAGUAAUCGUCCCUCAGGGAUAAAAAGCGAACUUCAGGAUAAGACAUUUGUUAUGAAUGGUUAUCCAUUAAUAUUGUGGAGAAAUUAUUGGGUAAUUGGAAAUUUGAGGACAAAUCAUUGUUGCCAUACAAUUGCAUUUGCUUCCAUGACUUUUCAGCCUUGACGGUGGUAUACAAAGAUAAGCGUACCAUUUCAUCGACCGCAGAAUCGAGGAGACUUGCCUACAUAUCACAGAUGUUAGUGCAAUAUUUCCUAACGGGGAAGACUGUAAAGAAUUUGACCUGUAUGAACUUGCUCUAGACUGUGAAGAAUUGAAGACGUAUCGCCUGAAAAACAAAGGUUCUUUACAGUUUCUGUACAUUGCAAUAGCACUACACUGUCGUGCCGAGCUCAAACACUUAGAAGGGUAUCAAAGUUGUCAUAUUAUCCAAGAGUAGGGUUUUAUGUGUUAUGAUUUCCUCUCAAGAGAAUAAAAGAAUAAAGUUUGUGGUUGAAGAGCUAGUCUAUAGAAUCAGUGACAACCUGAAAAAUCCCACGAUCAUCUCGGUGCUUGUGCACUGGAGCCUAACUCGGAGUAUGAUGACCGUCUGUUCACAGCAGGUUUGUAUUUUGCACUGUUGGCAUGCGACCUCUAGUCCAGUCGUCCUUAAUAUAGUUAAAUUAAAACUCUUUAAUAAAUGCAAGUUACAUCUCAACCGCAACCCGGUUUGCAGUACGGUGGCCUCGCUGCCUUUUACCCUGUUCGUCACUCUGUACGGCAAAUUCACUCAUUUAAAGUUUUUAAGGAGCAUUAAUGUGUUACGUUCUCAUAAGUUCCCCCGGCUUCGUCUCUGUUCUUUCACUGUUGAGUUGUGAUGGGGCGACUGUGGUGAAUUAUGCUGAUCUGCUCACAAACUGACCACAUCAACUGUGCACUGUAGACCAGUGUGUUGUGUAAAUCGACUCUAGCAUACAUCUUUCCUCGGGCUUUACUUCUGAGUCUUGAACGGUGACAUUUAAUAAUCCAUGAGGUGAGGCUCCUUCGACCACUCACCAUGAAAUUAAUUCUUGUUCUGCACAUUGUCAGUAUUUUCUCAUGUUGUUUUUCCACCCUGUAUUCAGUUUGCUCUAUUAUUAACCCGAAUGAGUCAUGGAAUGAUCUUCUGAACCUCAGGAGAUGGCAUGUGGGCUUGCGCUUCUGUCUUAAAUCGAGCUGGAGAACAUCGAGUUCCAGAGGUGGUUUUCAUCAGUAGAGCUCUUCCUAAAGUUGUGGUUUGAGGGAUUUGGCUUCUAUGUUGACUUCACAUUCGUUGCCACUUGGUUCUUUAGGUGAUGUGUUUUGCACCACCGGUUUUUCUCCAGGAUCAUUGGACAUUAGACAUUUCCACAGUCUGCUGAGCUGAGAAGCAGCUACAAACUAGUCUGUUCUGGCUUCAUCAAGCCACAUUGUUAUUUGUAUAUUACAAUAAAGAUAUGUGCAACCACA